CAUUGGAAAAGUAAAUGGUUUUGGUCCUCAUUUCCCCGGAUCGAGUUUUCCUCCUUAGAAGUGAUCGUUCUGUUCAAUUGAUAGUUACUUGGGCGAGACCGUGUUCAAUGUUUAGACAGAGGCAUGAAAAACGAGAUGUUGACAAAAGCGUAGAGAAAAAGAUAUCGAAAAUCUUUGGAUCACGGCUUAAAUAUGCGUCGCUCGUCAAGUAAUUGUGAGAAAUACUUGGAUCGUUCAGGAGAAAGAGCUGAAUCCCAUUCCCCUCUUCCACUAUCAGAAUAUGCUCCCCAUUGAAACAGCUGUUCUUUACUGGUCAUGGUCCAUACUCCAUACCCUCUCUCACUGUGUCUUCUUUUGUUGAUAACGCAGACCCUUUUUUGACCCUUUUUGAUCUGUAAUCUGUACUGUUGAGAGAUGACAAAAAUUUGGCAAAAAUAGUUGCUUUAAUACUCGUGUCAAGCAGCUAUUGGAAUGACUGGAAUCUUGAUGGGUGCCGUACCCACACCAACUUUUUUCUAGUGCUCAGAUGUCAAUGUUUGACACAUUUUGCUCUUAGCCAUGGAUUCCUCACUCAUUCUCAGACAAUUCCCACAACAACCAAGACCCAAUGUGAUUCUCCGGAGUUCCGAUCAUUUGAUCGGAGAUUCAAGAAUUUCUCAGAUACCUUCUUCAGUCCGACUAAGAAAGAGCUCGAAAUCAACGAGUCUAGUCUCCAGAACUCACCAAUCCAUCACUGCGAAGAAGAAGAGCCUCGAAGGUGUGAGUGGAGAGUUGAACACACUUGCCUCCCAAGACUUGAGUCAUGCUCCUGCAAGGAGGCGCGUUAGGUCUGCUUUCAUUGAUGUGCAGCAGCAUCUCGAUCAUGUCUUAUUUAAGAUGGCUCCUCCAGGGAUAAGGACAGAGGAGUGGUCUGAGAUAAACUUAAGGGGUUUUGAGAUAUUCUGCAAGAGCUGGUUGCCAAAAGCUGGUAUUCCCAUUAAGGCUGCUCUAUGUUUCUGCCAUGGAUAUGGUGAUACUUGCACAUUCUUCUUUGAAGGGGUCGCAAGGAGAAUUGCUGCUUCCGGGUAUGGAGUUUAUGCUAUGGACUACCCAAAUUUUGGACUAUCCGAUGGUUUGCACGGCUACAUCCCAUGCUUUGAUGGAUUAGUUGAUGAUGUUAUUGAACAGUACUGCAAAAUCAAAGUAAGGCCAGAAGUGGCCGGAUUGCCUCGUUUCAUCAUGGGGCAAUCAAUGGGAGGAGCUGUUGCCCUCAAGGUUCAUUUAAGGCAACCACAUGAAUGGGAUGGUGUGAUUCUUGUUGCCCCAAUGGCCAAAAUUGCAGAGGACGUGACACCCCCAGCUGCAGUUCUGAAGGUCCUAGCUCUUAUGUCUAAAGUUAUACCUGAAGCAAAGCUCUUCCCGCAAAAAGAUUUAGCAGAACUGGCAUUCAGAGAUGCAAGGAAAAGGAAAAUGGCUGACUACAAUGUGAUCUCGUACUCUGAUCAAAUGAGAUUGAAGACUGCUGUUGAACUUUUGAACGCCACACGAGACAUUGAAUCAAAGUUGGAGAAGGUCUCGUCUCCAUUACUAGUUCUUCAUGGAGCAGCGGAUAAGGUGACAGAUCCCUUAGUGAGCAAGUUUCUUUAUGAAAAGGCUUCUAGCAAGGACAAAAAAUUAAAGCUCUAUGAAGAAGGUUAUCAUUCCAUAUUGGAAGGGGAGCCCGAUGAUAGGAUUCUUGAAGUCUUAGGUGAUAUUGUUUCAUGGCUUGAUUAUCAUUGUACUAUGAAGUAGAACUUCUGUUUUAGGAUUAGUUCCUUGGUCUCUUCACAUUUGUUUGGUAUUUCUUACUCAUGUUUAUUUAUGUUGUAUCAGUAAUUUCCUUUGAUCCAAAUAUUCUAGGUAUUUCAUUUUUUAAAUAAGCUGAGUAAAAUUGUAAUUUGCACAAAUUUGGUGUGGUUGCCGACAAGCCAGUUAUUGGUGACCACAAAUAGAAAGCAAGUGUUUGAGAUCUUACUAUUGAUUAGAAAGUAAGUGUUUGACAUCUUAAUAUUGGUUGGUAGACUGUUUCUGUGCCAGUAUUUCUGUAUUGAAGAGGCAAUAUUGUAUAAUUGCGACUUUUCAUACCAGGUCUCGUCUCCAUUACUAGUUCUUCAUGGAGCAGCGGAUAAGGUGACAGAUCCCUUAGUGAGCAAGUUUCUUUAUGAAAAGGCUUCUAGCAAGGACAAAACAUUAAAGCUCUAUGAACAAAGUUAUCAUUCCAUAUUUGCAGGGGAGCCUGAUGAUAGGAUUCUUGAAGUCUUAGGUGAUAUUGUUUCAUGGCUUGAUUGUCAUUGUACCAUGAAGUAGAACUUCUGUUUUAGGAUUAGUUCCUUGGUCUGUUCCCAUUUGUUUGGUAUAUUUUACUCCUUAUGUUUAUUUAUGUUGUAUCAGUAAUUUCCUUUGCUCCAAAUAUUCUAGGUAUUUCAUUUUUAAAUAAACUGAGUUAAAUUGUAAGUUGCA